AUGGAUGAAUAUCAGGAACCUGGGCUCACGCGAUUCUUCGAGAUCUUGGAGGAAUAUUGGGUCUUUGAGAACGAACCGAGCGAUGAACCUCGAAUGCUGGCACUCAUGGAUGGUCCGGUGGAGGACGACUACCCCGCUGCAGCAGUGGAUGAGCCCAGCAUGCCGCUCCUGGAUGCUCGCAUCGCAGAAUACCGGGCCAGUUGUGACAUUGACUUGCCCGGGGUCUCGCUGGCGGAGGCCGGCGUGGAAGCCCCGCGUGCGGGAGAGUGCUUGCCAGAGACUUCCGAGGAUGAGGCUGAGGAUGGAACAGCUGAUGUUGAGAUGCCCAUGGCUUGCGAGAAGGGUCAGACCUCUGCUGAGGCUGAGAGAGCCCCGGAGACCGAGAAGGUCUCAGAGGCCAAGCUUGCGGAGGAUGUGGAGACCCAGCCUACGGAGGCAAGGUCCCCGAAGAUGAUGGCCGAGCAUGUGGAGACCAAGCCAGCGCAGGCAAUGCCCUCGGAGAAGAUAGCCGAGCAUGUGGAGACCGAGCCCGCGCAGGCAAUCCCUCCGAAGAAGAAGCAGCACAAGUUUGGGCCCAGCUCGAUGCCGGGUCUGCUCGAGCUGCAGUUGCUCAAGGACAAGCUGGCCACCAGGAAGGAGAUGAUCAGGCAUAGUGUCGUGUUGGAAUGUCGUAUAAACGUCGUGUGUGCAGUACACACUCUACAUGUUUUGUAA